UGAGCAGACAGCAGUGUGAUCUGCAUCACUUGACUCCUCUGAGUUUAUGUUUCCUACAGUAAAACAACAUAUGGGCAGGUCAGGGUGGAACUGCAGAGUCAGGAAGUGGAGCUGACAGUGGUCAGAGACAGUUCAUACAGUAGACUUCGGUCUGGAACCAGUGGACACAGCUGAAGAAGAUUCAGGAAGUCCAUCAUCUGUUUCCAGUCUGCUUCAUGAAGCAAGUUUACCAGCAUUCACCGCUGUCAGAGUUCUGACAGGGUCACCGCUGGAGUUCUGAGCUGGUUUGGACUGGACAGAUGAGCCAGGAUGCAACAAGACUCCAACACCAGGCUGAAUCCUGCUCUGGACCUGGAGAUGACAGAAAGAACCAACAGAUCCCAGGUCCUGGACAAUCCUGUGGAAUCUGGAUCCUCUGUGUUCACAGCUGCGUCUCGCUGGGCAUUGUACUCUCGAGGCCGCUGGAAGCAAAGGAGAAAGUUGACGGGAGUCCACAUGGAGACAAAGUACAGAGGUCUGGCAAAAGAUGAAGAAGGUGAAGACCAGAGAGAUGAAAUUGAUACCAACAACAGAAUCCAGCAACUCAACAGAAAACUGCUAGACCACUUCAGAGACCUGGCAGCUAAAAACCAGGAGACAGACCAGGUGGAUCUUCAGUUUCUGGAUGAGGUGAUCUCAGAUGGUGCCGAUCCAAACUGCUCAGACAGAUAUGGUCAAACGGUCCUUCAUGAGGUAUCCAGGGCUUGGAGUGUUGAUGUGAUGAAGUUCUUUUUAGACCGGGGUUCUGACCCCCUCCGUUCAGACCAGUUUGGAGUUACUCCACUGCAUGUAGCCUCUGCCCUGGACUACGAGGACAUGGUCCAGUUCCUGCUGGAUCAAAAUGCGGAUCUGGGUGCUCACACUUUCCUGGACCGGCAGACCCCUCUUCACUAUGCUGCGAAAAACGAUGCUGUUGGAUCCAUUAGACUACUGCUGCAGGCUGGAGCCACUAUUAGCUGCACGGACUAUAAAAACAGAACACCACUCCAGCUCGCUGCCAACAUGGAGCGCAGCGAAGCAGCUCAGGUCCUGCUGGAACUUGGAGCAAGUGCCAGUGGGAAGGACUCUGAUGGACAGCUGUGUAUCACUGCUCUUAUUGGUCGGAUGAGUCAUGUGGCUCAGCUGGCUAUUGGUCAGUUCCACGUGACAGACAAGAUGACCAGGCAGCAGUACUUCUACCUGAACCUGCUGGAACCAGAGCCACAUUCAUCUGAGGGAAACCUGCAAGGUGCAGAGAUCAGUGAGCCCACAUCUCCACUGCAGGUGGUUGUUCAGGAGGGGAAGCUGGACCUAAUCAUGAAUCCGUUAUUUCUCAAACUUAUUCAGGUCAAAUGGCAACUCUAUGGCAGGUUGGGUGCAUGGUUUCUCCUCAUCCUCAAUUUCCUGCUCAAUGUUUCCUGGACAACUGUUGCCAUCUCUAUGUCUGCCCACCCAGAAUCACGUGAUCGCUAUGUUCUUCCUCAGGACUGGUGGCGUGUCCUUGUAGUGGUUGUGGCGCUCCUUCUGACCGUGGAAGAGGUGUGGAGGGAGGUGAAGGAUGUUAUGCGCUCGAGGAGAAAGCUCCACCUGCAGAGGCUCUGGGUAGAGCGUCGUCUCCAUGAUGAUCUCCGGUGUUCACAUCCUAUGUGGCCUCAGGAGACACAGUUCCUUCUGGAUGAGAUCAAACGGGUUCACAGAAUGAGGGGAAGCUACAGCCAGGACCUGUGGCUGAUGGGGCCGUUUAUUGUCAUGCUGGGGAACACUCUUGGAGAUGUGAUGUGUUUCCUCUUCCUGUACGCUGAGAUCUUCAUCCCCUACGCCUGCAGCUUCUGGAUCAUAUUUGGAGGCUCGUCCUCAGUUCCCAGCAUGCAGUGUGUCUCAGGUCUGCUCUACAGUUUGUACCGGAUCACUCUGGUGGACGAGUACGAGUAUGCUGCCAUGGUAAAGGUGGAUGAUGUCAUGGCUCCUCUGCUGUGUGGGACGUUUCUGGCUGCAUCCUCCAUCUUGUGUGUCAACCUGCUGAUUGCACUGCUCACUGACACAUUCCAGAGGGUUCAUGACAACUCACAGGCUAACGCUGUGAUGCAGCAGGCAGCCGUCAUCCUGCAGGUGGAGGAGUUGAUGCCCCGCCUCCGUUGUUUCUAUGACGACCUGUACAUCUCCAAACACUGCUCCCCAUUGGCUGAUCCCUGUGGUGACAUCACAGGAAGCUCCCGUUACCACCAGGAGCUCGGCCUCCUCAGAGCAGAGAUUAAAGAGACUCUGGACCAGUUCCUGGUCCUGCAGAGGACCGCAGACACAAAAGCUCAGAAAGAAGAGGAGCAGCAGAACCAGGACCCAUACACACAAGAACUUCAAGCAGUCCGAAGAGAAAUGAAGGAGCUUCAGGCUCUGGUCCAGCAGCUGCUGCAACAACACAACUGAUCUGUUUGGUACUGUAGCAUUUUCCUGCACCAAAAUAAUCAUUUCUGAUUAGAUUUAACUUGUUCCUAUGACUGCUCAAAGAAAGGAACAAAAUCCCACUUUAACUUCAGACUAUUUUUUAAGGCUUGUGCAUGGAAACUUCCUUUGUGUUUCGAAUUAUCAUCUCUUCCACCAACCCCCCACCAGACUUCCUGAUGCCUUAAUGUUAAUAGAUAAGGACUGUCUGUUCGCCCCUCUUUAAAGGGGGUCAUGAACACCUUUAACCAGACUCUUCAGUGACUGAGACAAAGGACCUACAUUCUCCAUUAAAUGUGAAAAAAAGAG